AUGUCUUAUUACGGUGGCUAUGGUAGUUGUGGAGGUGGAAUACUUGGAUCAGUACUCGGAAUGGCUGGGGGUUACGGUGGCGGUUACGGUGGCGGAGGUUACGGUGGAUAUGGAAGAUGUGGAGCUGAUAACAUAUUCUAUCGUUGGCGUUGCUGUGAUUAUAGUCCCUAUGAAUGUUGUAUCCAGUUGGAAACUUGGGUCGUCGUUUUCCUUGUAAUCUUCAUAAUUGGAUUCUUUGUUUGUUUGUGUGCCUGUUUGGCAGGAUGUGUAUGGUCUGCUCGCAACCGUCAGUAA